CCUCUGCAGAGAGAAAAAAACAAACAGCAAGAGAAAAAUGGACUGCAAAUUAAUGACACUGUAAUGUAACUUAUUGAAAUAAAUAGAUCAUUGAAAGAAUGUACAAGUGCUAUGUAUUUUUCCUUCACUCACGUCGAGGCCGGUGCUUGGCCUGGAGCUGGACCAACCUCUGAUCAGGGAAAAAACAAACGGCAAGAGAAAACAGGACAGCAAAUUAAAGACACUGUAAUGAUUGAGUUAUUGAAAUAAAUUGAUCAUGGAAAGAAUGCAUAAUUGCCAUGUAUUUUUCUUUCACUCACAGUACGGAGGUCUGCCAGCUCCCUUUCUAGCUGACGGACCCGGAGGCGGGCAUUGACGCAAGUGCGCUUCGUGCACAUGCUUACUCCCGCCUCCGGGUCAGACUGCUGCGCCUGGUCCUCCGGCUGGUCGAGCGUGCUGACCAUGGGUGGAUGGGGAUCAGUGGCCCUCAAGGCCGCCAGCUGGUUGAUGGCUGUGGUGCGCUUGAGGGCCUUGAUCUUCCGAUCCACGUUUGCCUUGGGAACCUCAGUGUGAGUUCUCAGGUGUUUUACCACGUAAAGGAGAUAGGGCGAACAUCCGGGAAGGGGGCAGGGUCCGGCAGGAACCAAAGUCUUGCCUGUGGCCAGGUAGUUAAGGAUGCUCCUCUCCCGGAUGUUCUGGAGGGAAUGGAUCUCCCUGAGAUGCUUUGCCACAAAAUUUAACACUUUCCCGCAAAUGGGACAUUUCCCAAUGGUCUUGGGUUUUGUCAUCUGUAAAAGUCAUGAGAUAUUAGUUAAAUACGUAAUGGCUUAACUAAACUAGAUAACAAAAUGUAUGUUUGAUAUAAUGAAUUAAAGAUCAGAUCACACACAGGCAUUUGAGGGCACUAUUUAUAAUUAAUAAUGCAAUAAUCAUAAUAAUAACCGGAGAUUCAAUACAUCUCGGAGGACAGGUUGAGGCUUGGGCACGUGCUAAUAAUAAUAAUACAAACAAUAGGGAUCCAACCCGUUGGCUUGGACCCCUAAUAAUAAACAGAGAUUCUGUCCAUAGGAGAGGACAUGCCUAGGCCUACGGAGAGCACACGUAAUAACGGUCUAAUCAUAAACUGUAAAGAAUUCAAGUCAUGCAUUGUUCACUUACAUUUGGUAAUAGUUGUCCGUCUGUCCGAUGCUCCUUCUCUGAGCGCAGCUGACCUUUAUCGUCUGAUCAUACACCGGGGGGCGCGGCUACGGAUCACGCAACUAACACGUAAUCGCGUGAAUGGAUUAACUUGUAUAUUUGUAAUAAUUAAUUAAACCUCACCAAGUAGUAAGGUGAAACUACGGUGCCUCUCUGAUGACAUGGGUGAAUAUUUAUUAAUUUGUGGCCAUAGAAUAAUAAUUCGUAACUUAUAUAAGCAAGCAACAGCAGCGCCAUUGUGCAAAUGAGAACGUUUUAGACUCAAUCAAUAUAAGGUCGCGGGGAGACGGAGCACUUUGUUUCGUUUGUUUUUAUAGUAACAAUAUUUGGCCAAAACAUUACUAAGAAACGAAAUAGUUCAUCAAUGAAAGGUGGGGUGGCCAUUGGCCCUGCGGCCACAUAGGUUCCAGCGCCUGUGUUAUGUUGCAACAAAUUGUUAUUGUGUGGCCACAAAUUAUUAUUUCGUGGGCACGAAAUAUGAAUGUGUGGCUCGGGCUGAUGAACAUUCAAUUGUAACGUAGUUUGAGAAGUAAAAGAAAGACAAUGACAAUCGUCAUGUUGGACUGACCUCACGAUCAUUGUCAACCAUAAAACUUUGUUUUCCCCAAGAAUCCUGUCUUCUGCCUUUAUGUUGGGUAGUCCAAAGGCUGCUGAUUUUAUGUUUGUUGGACACCGUAACAGUGUGUCACCAUCUUAUUGCCUGCAUGAGAGAUCAAUGUUGUUAUUUGGUGUUACGUCUUUCUGACCAAUCGCAGUUCAAGGCCGACUUGGGCUGUACCACUUCGGGAGGGGGCGCUAAGUUGUCCCCUCUAGACCAAAUUGAAUUGGUUGCGCCGUUGACUCCAUAUAUGGACAUUGGAAUGCGGUUUUCCCUAGCUGCAACGGGGUUAGCUCAGAGCUAUCCACAAGUUUCCUGGGGCGGUUAGUGGGAAAACGUUUGUGGGCCACACUUCCGGUCACCCACUACGUGUCGCGCCACAGCUGUGUUUUUACCUGAUCAGCUGGCAGGCUAUUCACAUCACUCGCUCUGUCACUGAAUAAACUGCUCGGGAACAACGUGUGCCGUUCGAGGAUGUACUAACAACCGGACAAAACUAAAUAAUUGGUUGAAAUCUGAGUGUUUUGACCACAAACCGAAUAAUAAAGCAGAGUGUUCGUGCCCGAAAUGGUACAGCUUCCAUCCACUGCCCAAUGAUGAAGAGGCUAAAAGAAAUUGGCUGAAGAACCUGAACUUAAAACAACCUCCGAAAUGUUGUUAUGUCUGUUCGUUUCAUUUUGUGAACAAAGCGCCUACGGAAGAAAACACUUACCCAAUGCUUUAUCUGGGUUAUGAGAAGCCACCUGAGAAGAAACGGCGAAGAGUCGUCAGGAUGAGUGUUGACAGUCAAGUCGGAACAACAAUAGCUGUGAUGGUGUUCGAGCAACCUCAAACCUUCAAGGAUGCCCAAACACAGUGGAUGGAUCCAGCUGAGGAGGACCAUACCUACUCUAAAGGAUCCAUCCUUAUAUGUGACAUGAUCAUCACACCUGCCCCUGAGAUCUCACUGUCCAUUGCAGAGGUUACACUGAAAGGUGAUAAAGACUGUCUGCUGUACACAGGGAUUCCUCUACUUGUGUUCAACACUCUUGUCUCCUGUCUACGAGGUUUUGUGCGCCAGUCAUCAACAAUGCCAGCUCAAGAUGAAGUUUUGUUAACACUCAUGAAGCUCAGACAUAACUUUGCUGUAGCUGAUUUAGCGAGGCGCUUUAAAAGAUCAGCCAGUCAGGUCAGUAAAACACUUACGCAUUGGGUUGAUAUCCUUGCUGAGCACACCAGGGACCUCAUUCCAUGGCUGCCCCGUGACACUAUAAAAGCAACUAUGCCAAAGGUUUUUCUGCCACAUUUCUCUGAUUUAACUUGCAUCAUUGACUGCACAGAGAGUGUUCUGCAAAAAGCCAAAAACUUAGACUCGCGCUCAGAGUCUUACAGCCAUUACUAUGCAAGUAACACUGUUAAGUACCUUGUUGCCAUUGCUCCAUCAGGGAUGCUGAUGUUUAUUUCAGAGGCUUUUGGUGGGAAGUGUAUUGACAGGUAUAUUACACAGAACUCGGGGUUUCUUGAUUUUUUACGUCCUGGUGAUGUGGUGAUGGGGGACCGUGGGUUCACAAUUAGAGAUCUUGUUGAGGAGAGGAGAGUAAGGCUAGUCAUACCUGCGUUUACACGCAAACACAGCCAGCUAACCAAUGAGCAAGUGACUCAGAUGAGACGGAUAGCAAAUGUACGCAUUCAUGUGGAACGGGCUAUAAGGCGUCUCAAAGUGUUCAAGAUCCUGUCACAAACCGUGCCAAUAAGCUUAGUUCCUAAAAUUUAUAAAAUACUUCAGAUUUGUGCAGCUCUCAUAAAUCUGAGAGGAGAGCUUAUCUCCAGCAAUUAAUAUCUUACAUAUUAUUAAACAACAUCUUGUAUAUUUAUGAAUUACAUUUAUUUAUUCCUAUUUUUUAUUUUUAUUUAUUUAUACAUACACAUUUAUUAAUAGAGAGAAACAUACAUACAUAGAUGCAUAUAUAUAUAUAUUGUACAGAGAUAGAUGCAGAGAGAUACACACACAGAUUCAUACAUAGUAUUAAGAUGGACACAGAGAACAGUGUAGAUACUUUAUAAAUUUAGAAAAAAUAGACAGGAUAAUUAGAGAUAAUUACAUAUAUACAAAGAUGAAAAAGGUCAUUUCUGAAUCACAUUCAUCACAUUGUUGAAAUGGGGUUAAUGUCAUAUUAUUUCUUUCUUUUUACAAUAGAACACAAAAAAUGUAUUUGUACAUAUAUUAUCUGAAGUUUUAUUUAUACUACAAAUGUAAAUAGUAACACAAUAACAAUUUAUUUAUACAUAUAUAUAUAUAUAUUAAGUUUUAUUUAUACUUCAAAUGUAUUUGAACCAUUGUUUUGUUAUUUUUGCAUCUCACAGAGUGAGACUUAGGCCCAAUCUCAUUCCUUUGCUACAUAGAAAAUCUCAGCCCUAGCCCUCGCUGUUGCGCUGUUUAAAUGUAGCUUAAGGGGGAGGGCUAACAUCCCCUCAAAAUUGAGAUUUUCGAUGGGCACCCUCAAAGCGCUUCAGUUCUGACUUGCUCCCACAAUACCUUGUGAGAAAAAGGAAAAUCAAGAAAUAUCCUAGACAAGAUGGAGGGCGAGAAGAUGCGACAGGAUUGGAAAAACACAAAUGUAAGUAUUUUCUCUGUAAUUAACUAGUAAUUAUUUAGCCCGGCCGCGGACUCUCGGAAGUCUGUGGCCGACUUUCGCGGAAGAUCGCGAAAGUCCGAUCACGGGCUCUGCAGCCCGGCCGUCGGACUUUCGCAGGC